GGCAUCAGUAUCCCAGUCGUACACCAAAGCCAACCACCAACCACCAACCACCAAACCACCCAAAUCAACAUGAAGUUCUUCCAAGCCGCUGCCCUUCUCCUGGCCAUGUUCGCUGCCCUCGCAAAUGCUGAGCCCGUGCCCCAACCUGGUGGAACCGUGCUCAUCCAGACCGACAACGGCCAGUUCAUCCGCACCGGUUAGGACUUGAGCUAGAAUUCACAUUUCUUACACAUUGCUUACCUAUUUUGAUUUUCAAAUAAACAACUUUAAAUGUA